AUGUCAAAUUUAUCCAAUUGCAACGAAAUGGAAAUUUCCAAUAUUCAAAACUCAAUUCUCCUGCAUUUCUCAGAAAUUUUCAUGCUAAUAUUAGCAUUUGUAUCUGUUCCAAUUUUGAUAAUAAUUAUUGGAAAGUGUCUGAAGUCAUCAACUUUCCAUGUAAAUAUCCGAAUUAUCACUGCAGUGCACUGUGCGUGCAUUUUAUAUCUAUCUAUGGCUGGUUCCAAAAAUGAUAUGUGAAAAAUUUCAAUUUUCCGAAAUAUGUGUAAUAUCCAGAAGUAUGUACACAUUUGGUAUCUACAUUUCCAGCUUCACCACUGUUUCUAUGUCAAUCGAGCGAACAAUUGCCACGAGUAUGUCGAAAAAAUAUGAACAUCAAAAGUCGUGUUUAGGGCAGUCUCUAGUGGGAUUUCAGGUCCUCUUCAGCGCGAUUAUUACAUAUUUUCUGUGUUUGAAUCGCAACUUCACAGAUCGACCGCUAUAUUGUGCGCUUCAGGGAAACGUGGAGUGGGCUCUUUCGGUGGAGAUUGUGACGAUUUCAGCAAAUUUUAUUGCGAUUCUACAGUUUUGGAGACUUUAUAAUAUUAAUAUGAAACUCCGCACCAACUCAAAAGUGUCAAAUUUAAGCCAAAAAUUUCAAAUCGAGGAGAACAAAACUUUGAUUCGAAUCAUCAUGCGUUUCUAUUGCUUCGACUUCAUUUUUAUGGUACUCUAUUUUUUCGGCAGUUUUUUACUGGAAGCUUUGAAUGCUAGAAUAGAUAAAGGGACCAUGUUUGGAAUGUUGGAAUUAAUCCAUUGCCUUCCCGUUUACACAAUUGUCGUUUCGUUUCUGAUGAUGAAAGUUUUCAAAAAGAGUAACGACGAAAAAACGAUGAGAAUUGUUUCGGAGGUUCAAGUGAAGGAAGAUGCUUACUUCGUUUAUUUGAAAGAACAGUGGGCUCACAAGUGA